GUGCCGCCAUGCACGUGAAAAAGUACCUGCUGAAGUGCCUGCACAGACUGCAGAAGGGCCCCGGCUACACGUACAAGGAGCUGCUGGUGUGGUACUGCAACAACACCAACACCCACGGCCCCAAGCGCAUCAUCUGCGAGGGGCCCAAGAAGAAGGCCAUGUGGUUUGUGCUCACCCUGCUCUUCACCUCCCUUGUCUGCUGGCAGUGGGGCAUCUUCAUCAAGACCUACCUGAGCUGCAAGGUCAGCGUCUCCCUCUCCAUGGACUUCAAGAACAUGGACUUCCCCGCGGUCACCAUCUGCAACGCCAGCCCCUUCCAAUAUUCCAAAGUCAAGCAUUUGCUGAAGGACCUGGACGAACUGAUGGAAGCGGUCCUGGAGAGGAUCCUGGCUCCCGAGUCAAGCCAUGCCAAUGCCACCAGGGCCCUGAACUUCACCAUCUGGAACCACACACCCCUGGUCCUCAUUGAUGAGCGGAACCCCCACCACCCCGUGGUCCUCGAUCUCUUUGGAGAUAACUACAAUGGCUCAGCAAGCAGCAGCCCAGCACCAGGAAGGAUCUGCAACGCCCAGGGGUGCAAAGUGGCCAUAAGACUAUGCAGCUCCAACGGGACUGUGUGCACCUUCCAGAAGUUCACUAGCGCCACCCAGGCCGUGAUGGAGUGGUAUGUCCUGCAGGCCACCAACAUCUUCUCCCAGGUGCCAAGAAAGGAGCUGAUGAAGAUGGGCUACCCCGCUGAGCAGCUGAUCCUGGCCUGCCUGUUCGGGGCCGAGCCCUGCAGCUACAGGAACUUCACGUCCAUCUUCUACCCCGACUAUGGCAACUGUUAUAUCUUCAACUGGGGCAUGACAGACAAGACCCUCCCUUCCGCCAACCCUGGAGCUGAGUUUGGCCUGAAGCUGAUCCUGGACAUCGGCCAGGAAGACUACGUGCCCUUCCUCACGUCCACGGCCGGGGCCCGGCUGAUGCUGCACAAGCAAAAGUCCUACCCCUUCGUCAAAGAUGAGGGCAUCUAUGCGAUGGCGGGGAUGGAGACAUCCAUUGGGGUGCUGGUGGACAAGCUGGAGCGCAAGGGCAAGCCCUACAGCCAGUGCACCAUGAACGGCUCCGACGUCCCCAUCCGAAACCUCUACAGUGACUACAACACAACCUACUCCAUCCAGGCCUGUCUUCGCUCCUGCUUCCAAGAACUCAUGAUCCAAAACUGCAGCUGUGGCCACUACCUGUACCCGCUGCCCCAUGGGGAGAAAUACUGCAACAACCAGGACUUCCCAGACUGGGCCUACUGCUACUUGGCUCUGCGGAUAAGUGUGAAGCAGAGGGAGGCCUGCAUCAGCAAGUGCCGAGAGUCCUGCAAUGACACCACGUACACGAUGACCAUCUCCAUGGCUGAGUGGCCUUCUGAUUCCUCGGAGGACUGGAUUUUCCACAUCUUGUCCCAGGAACGGGACCAAAGUGAUAAUAUCACCAUAAGCAGGAAAGGAGUUGUCAAGCUCAACAUUUACUUCCAAGAAUUCAACGAUCGCACCAUCCAGGAGUCACCAGCUAACAACAUCGUCUGGCUGCUCUCCAACCUGGGCGGCCAGUUUGGCUUCUGGAUGGGGGGCUCAGUGCUGUGUCUCAUCGAGUUUGGUGAGAUCCUCAUCGACUUCGUGUGGAUCACCAUCAUCAAACUGGUGGCCUUCUCCAAGAGCCUACGACAGAGGCAGGCUCAGGCUCGCUACGCCGGCCCGCCACCCACCGUGGCCGAGCUGGUGGAGGCCCACACCAACUUCGGCUUCCAGCCCGACAUGGUGGACCACAGCCCUGACACUGGGGCCUAUGCUGAUGGGCAGACGUUGCCCGUCCCAGGCACCCCACCCCCCAACUAUGACUCCCUGCGCCUGCAGCCACUGGACGUCAUCGAGUCCGACAGUGAGGGUGAUGUCAUCUAGACCCUGCCCCUGCCCAUCCCGGGAAGCUCAAGGACUC